AUGGGAGCUUCUUGUCGUGUCACGUGCCAUUCAGCAUCCAUUCAAUCUGAAGAAGCAGAUGGCGAAAGUGAAGACGUUGCUUGCGAAGAGUGUGGCAAUAACAACAUCCAUCAGUUAGUUCUACAGAGAUCUGGACUCUCUGAUCUUUCACUUUUAUGUACUGAUUGUUGUGAGCCUCUGUCUUCUGUUCCUGGUGACAAGGUUGUCAACUACUCUCUUUCCAAUGGGUCCUUCUUUGCAAAGUUGCCUAUGUAUUUGAAAUUACGUGAUUUAAGUUGUGAUAUUUGUCAAGCAAUAGAUGUGACUUUGUAUGUUCCCAAUAGAGACGGAUCUACUCCCAAAUCUGCCAGUGGUGUUACUGGUUCUGGUUCUGGUUCUGGUAGUGCUGAGGCUGCUCUCUGUGUUUGUAUGAACUGUUUAGGUGACGAUGCCGAAGAGUUGAUAUCAACGGGUAAGUUCAUUGGCGAUAACAAUGACCAGUUCUUGUACCAAUUGUUUGGAAUCAAGGAGUUCCAAAGCAAGUUCAAAGGUUCGGCAAGAGGUAAAGGUAAGGGAAGGCGUAGCAAAGGAAAAGGCGUUGGUGGACGAGAAAGACGUCCUAGACGUGAGAAACCUGUGGAUGCACAGAAAUUAAAACAAAUAGAAUAUUAUCAUACAAUGAUGGAGAGAAAGAAGCAAUUUGACACAGGUAACACUGUGAAAGCAGUUGGAGCUGGUAAGGUUAAUUCUCCUGUCGUUAAUAAUAAGCGGUCUACUUCAUCACCAAGUCCAAGAGUCACUCCAAGAGUCACUCCAACAUCAAGUGGUAGAAAUUCGCCUUUACUGAAGUCGAAAUCUGAAUCACGAUCUACCAAAGCAUCCAAAUUUUCAUCAGACUCACGGCGAUCCAGCAACUUCACCUCAGAUGCAUCCUUAAGUUCAAAUAACAAAAAAGUGAAUUCUUCAAAGCCAAAAGGAAACUCUGGGGGCUCAGGAAAACCAGAGAGUACAAAGAAAUCCAACCCACCAACUGAUGCUAGCAAAAAAACGGCCAAAAGUAAUGGCAAACCUCAAAAACCUGAGAAACCCACCAGGAGUAAUGACAGCCGCAAAAGCAUAAAAGAAACAACCAAUACGUCUAUUCUCAACGGAAAACACAGUAAACCUGAGCAGAUUGUUCCCAAACUGAAGGCUGAACAGCCAUUUAAGCCUGACAAAGCUGUGCAACAGGGCCGUAAACCAGGUAGAGUGGAAAUUCUGAUGAAUAAGCAACUCAAGUCUACAAAGCCUAGCUCCAACACACCUGUCAAGACUGACAAAGCAGUGAUUGUUGAAGAUACUUCUGUAGAUUCCAAGAAACCCAUUCCCGACUUUAAGUAUCCUGAUGGGAUCCGACCAUACGUUCCUUCGAAGACACUCAAAUUGCAAUAUGAUACGAUGGACGAUUACUUCAAUGAAAUCGGACAUUAUCUUUUUCUUGAGCAGCAAGCUGAUUCCGAAUCAAAAUAUAUACACCCAAAUGAAAUGGAAAUAGAAUGGUAUCAGGAACAAGACCAAAAACAUAGUCAGUAUAAGGUUAAUCUUGAAAUGACACCCGAAUUUACUGAAAGAUUUAUUCCCAAAAGUCAGCAAUUUAAAAAGACUCCCUUCUCCAAUGAUCAAUCCAUUUUCUUGGUAUUGAAUAAUGAAGUUGCUUGGUCAGGUCAAGUUGUGGUUUCUGAAGGUGGAGCAUCUAAAGGUAAAGGAGGGAAGGGAAAGAGAGGUUCUCCUAAACGUGGCCCAUCAAGAGCUCCCAAAAGGAACAUGUUUGAGAUGAUUGUGUCGUUACAUCCAUGGAAUAGCCAACCUUUACCCUUACAGGCGCAUAUCAAACAUCUUACGCUUUUACCAGCAUCUGUUCCUAUAAGUCGUGUUUUCAUGGCUAUGAGCAAAGUUGAUAACCCACAGUUUAUUAAGAUGUUAUUGGGGCAUGAGCCUAUUAAGCAGAUAGACUUCAAGAACUACUUGAACUUCACCAGGGAUUCUUUAAAUGCUUCACAGAAGAUUGCCAUUCAAUCCGUGCUUAACAAUUCCAUUACUGUUCUUCAAGGACCUCCAGGAACAGGUAAAACUUCUACUAUCUACGAGAUUAUAUUGCAAUUGCUUGAUAACUUGAGUACUUACCCCAUUUUGGUUGUUGCAGCUUCGAAUAUUGCAGUUGAUAACAUUGCUGAGAAGCUUAUGAAGGACCAUGGAAGACAUAUACUCAGAAUUACAUCUGCAGAGAAGGAAACAGAGUACAAUCGUGAUCAUCCCUUGGCAUCUAUCUGUUUACAUCACAGAACUAACAAUGAUAUGCCUGAGCAUUUUAAGGAAGUUGCACGUUCCCUAAGAAGCGGGGGACGUGAGCCUGUUUCGGCGAACCAGUAUCAGAAGUAUAUUCAACAGUUGAUUCGCUUGAAUGAUAAGCACAUUGCCCAGGCACAUGUUAUUUUCACCACGACUGUUGUAGCUGGUGGAAACCAAUUGAAGGCUAUUAGCAAGUUGCCUGUUGUUAUUAUGGAUGAAUCGACUCAAUCUUCGGAGGCAUCGACGUUGAUUCCUUUAUCGAUGCCUGGUGUUCGGAGGUUUGUGAUGGUUGGAGAUCAAAAGCAAUUGAGUGGGUUCUCUCAAGUGUCUAAUUUGUCAGUUUCACUUUUUGAAAGAGUAAUUCUCAAUGGUUCCUACAAGAAGAUACACAUGUUGGAUACUCAAUAUCGUAUGCAUCCUGCCAUCAGUGAUUUCCCGAGAAGAGUGGUGUACAAUAAUUUAUUGAAGGACGGAAUUGAUGCAUCCCAUAGGAAAAUGGAAGGUAUACCGAGCAACCCAGUGUUCUUCUGGAAUACUGGAGGGAAAUGUAGUGAAGGACGGGUCCGUGUUCGGUAUAGAGAAGAUGCGGGAUUCUCCUUUUCCAACCAAGGGGAAGCUAAACGGAUUGUUACAAUUUUAACCAAGUUAAUAUAUGAGAAGAACAUCCCCCGUUCAAGUAUCGGAAUUGUCACACCUUAUUCCGGCCAAAGAAACUUAAUCUCGAGUAUUUUAGCAGAGAAUGAGUUGAUAAAUCCAGACAAAUUAGACAUCCAAGAGGAAAUUGACAGAGACGAUUUCUUUGAGUCUGCAACAACAAUCAACUACAACAACAAUAAUAAUAAUGGUAAACAGAAUAGAAAAAAUGGUACUAUUCAAAUUGUUAAUGGUAUAAUGGUUGCUUCAAUUGAUGCGUUCCAAGGUCGUGAAAAGGACUUCAUGGUAAUGUCGUGCGUAAGAUCAAAUGACACAAAUCAAAUUGGGUUCCUUGCAGACGAAAGAAGAUUGAAUGUUGCAUUAACCAGAGCUAAAUUCGGGUUGAUUCUUGUUGGAGAUUACAAGUGCUUAUCGAAUGGAAGUGCACUUUGGAAACAAUAUUUGAAUGAUUUGGAGUCAAAGGGAUCGGUGAAUGACGCAAUUGAAUUCACGUACUAG